ACCAUUCUACUUCCGCACGUGUUUUGUUGUCAAAAUGGCAGAUGCAAUGAGGGCAACAGUUGCAACCCUUUUAAAGGGUAUAGACAGGUAUAACCCGGAGAAUUUGGGGACAUUGGAGCGAUAUGUGGACAUGCAGAUCCAAGAAAACACAUAUGAUCUGGAGGCAAACCUUGGAGUGCUCAAGUUAUACCAGUUUAACCCCGGAUACUACCAGACCAACGUUACCGCACAGAUUCUGCUAAAAGCUCUCACCAACCUUCCCCAUACAGACUUCAUGCUGUGUAAAUGUCUCAUCGACACAGUGAGGCAAACAGAGGAGCCUGUGAAGGGUGUGAUUUGCCUUGCUGAUAUGCUGGAGACUUGUCAGUUCCAGGAAUUCUGGAUAACCCUACAAAAAGAACCAGGCCUCACAGAAAAUGUAGAGGGCUUUGAAGACUCCAUCAGAAAGUUUGUGUGCCAUGUGGUGGGGGCGACAUACCAGACCAUACCGUUAGAACACCUCACACAGCUGCUUGGCGGCGUACCUGAUUCCCAGGUGAAACAGUGGAUUAACAAGUAUGGCUGGCAUCUUGGCUCUGACUUCAACGUGUUUAUCUCUAACCAGGAGGAUAACAUCAAAACUAAAAAUAUCACAGAGAAAAUCACAUUUGAUAGUGUUGCAGCUAUUAUGGCGUCCCAUCGAUAGUCAAGUGCUGCAGAGUUCACCGUGAAAUAAUUUUUCAUUGUCACUUCCUCUUUGCAAGAUGACUCAAAGUGCAUGGAAAGAACAAUGUGGUUGCAUUUGUAAUGAUUCAAGAACUGUUUUAAAGAAAGCUAUAUUAAAUUAUGAAAAAAACUUCUCGAAAAGUGUUGUUCAGGAUAUUUGUUACAAGGUAUUUUUUCCCUUGUCAGACAUUUUAAUAAUGGAGUUAAGUUAUUAUUUUUUAUGUGUUCCAUGCAGAUCAUUGGCAUGUUGUAAAUUCAGCUAUGUAAAAUUUUACUUCAUUGUAGUAUUAAAAUCCCCGAAAAACUC